CUCAUUGUGUCUAACUGUCAGUUACUGGUCAGUGAAAACAAAAUGUGACGUGGCUAAUCCUGGUGGACAAAAAGAACGAGAAACCCUGAAGCAAUAAUUGUUUAGGGGAAAACUAAAAGCGUUAAAAGUGCAGAAACACAGGUGCGAACUGAAAUAAAAGAGGUAGACCGCUCGUGUUGUUGAUUUGGGGAAGGGAACGGUUAGCAGGCUGGGGUUAACUGCUAGCAUCAAGACACUACUGACAGCAACAAGGCAUGUACUAAGGCAUUAAGAUGUCAGACAGCGAAGCUAUAGCCGCAGAGGCUACAGAGGUGGCUACAGAGGAUGGCUCUCCUGCAGAAACCCCUGACAGGUCCUCACCGACCACUCCUGACAACUCGACCGACGUUGCCCCGACGAGGAAAGCCAGGAGGAGACCAGAAAUCAAACCAGUAGCUGAAGUCCAGGAGAAUACGAAAGUAGAGGAGCAGCCUGCAGAGGCACCGACACCCAGUCAGUCCACUGUGUCUCAAGGUGGCUGGGGAUACUGGGGCAGCUGGGGGAAAACCAUCUUAUCUACAGCAACAGCUACUGUGGCCACUGUGGGCCAAGGGCUCACUCAGGUGAUAGAGAAGGCCGAGACAUCGCUGGGAAUCCCCAGUCCGACCGAACUCUCAGCGCAAGUAGAGGAUGAGCAGGAGCAAGCUGAAUCCAGCAGUGAGACAGACAGAGCGAAGGGUGAUGGCUCGGCGGCGGUGGAAAGUGCAAUGGGGAUGCUGUCGUCGCUCUCUAGCGUCGUCCAGAGCACAGGGAAAACUAUGAUAACUGGCGGAUUGGAUGCUCUGGAGUUCAUCGGGAAGAAGACAAUGGAUGUGAUAGCCGAAGGCGAUCCAGGCUUCAAGAAGACUAAAGUGCUGAUGAACAGGAACUCCACUCUGUCUCAGGUGUUGAGGGAGGCGAAGGAGCGUGAGGAGCUGCAGACCGCAGAAAAAGAGUCUUCAGAUUCCGAUAAAAAGGUGGUAGCUCACUACGGGAUGCUGUUUGACGAAUUUCAGGGUCUGGCACACCUCGAGGCACUGGAGAUUCUGUCUCGAGAAAGCGAGUCUAAGGUGAAGUCAGUGCUUACCACUCUCUCAGGAGAGGAGCUGGUUCAGCUCCGAGAGGAUCUGGACCUCAUCAAGGAGUCUUUCUCCCUGGUAGAGUUUGAUGAUGAGGAAGUGGACGACAAGAAGGAUGAAGAUGGCUCAGAGUUUGAGAGGGAGUUAACAGAGGCCUUGGAGGGUCUCAGUGUCUCUGCCACAGCAGAGAAACUCAGCAAGGCCUGUAGUAGCACCUGCAGCCAGAUCACAGACAUGACCAAACCAGAGCAGGAAGAAGAGGACAGCGAGGAUGGUGUGAAGAAAACACUUUCUGUGGAGGAGGUUCAUGCUGCAGCCAUCAGGAGUCUGGCAGAGUUGACAGCACGCUCCAUCGAGCUGUUCCACAAACUGGCUGAGAUGAUCCUCUUCUCCAACAGCAGCACAGAGGCCAGCGCUCUGUCACAGUUAACUGUUGUCUUGUGUAAAGAAAUCUCACUGCUUUCCAAGAAGUUCACUUCCUGCUUAACAACGGCAGGGUCGAAUGAAAAGGGAGACGUCCUCAACCCGCUGAUAACAGGAGUCUUUUUAGAGGCAUCCAACAGUGCUUCUUACAUCCAGGAUGCUUUCCAGCUGCUGAUGCCCAUAGUGGAGAUCUCCCACAUCCAGAGGAGUGCUGAGUCCACAGAGCAGUGAGACGCUGACGUCCUUUCUCCCCUCCCCCGCUGCCCUGACUGCAGAGAACUGAUAGAUCGUAUUGAGGACAGAAUCAAAAGCACACCUGGGAGGAAAAGUGUGUUUUUGUUAAACAGUGUUAACUUUGAAGGCAUCUGUGGUGUAAUUGCUUAUCCCAGUAGAUGUACUCUCUGGAGUAAAGUGUUAAGAAGGUCUUAGUCUACCAGCUAAGAGAAACCCUUACCCUAUUAUUCUUUCUUUUAUUCCAACAUGUACACUAUUUCUUGCUGACAGCACUCGUCAAUUUAAAGCAUUAUUUACAUAUAAAUGAAUGACAGUUAUAUUUAAGCCACACGAUGUUGAACAAAUCCAUACCAGCCAGGAACCAGUCUCGGAACACACUUAAAAAAGACACACACAGCAUAAAUACAGUGGUUAUUUGUUUGUAAAAAUGUGUCUCAUAAUAAUUUGUAAGAUAUAUUGAUAAUGUAUUUUCUCUUUGCUGCACAAUAGCUGGAUCUUUUUAUGCGUAUUCCUCUAUCACUGGUCCCCUGGAGCAGUUUGGGGGAGGGUUAGUGUCAAGCAUUGAACAAAAUUGAACAAAUUGGGUUCUAGCUGACACAGGAAGCCUUGGAUUACUUCUUAAAUAUCCAACACACAUCGGUUGUUAUUUUAUUGUUUGUCAACCUUGGUUUCAUUUUAAUGUAUGGCAAAAUCAACUUAAAGUAUUUCAACUGCCCUGCAAAUAGGCAUCCCUAGAUAUUAAGAUGACUCUCAUGUUCAAAUAUCUUCCGGGCUGGCUUUUUUUUCUCUUUAGCCAACUCUAAAAUUGAAGACUAGAGACUUAACACUAAUUAAAUGUUUAUUGAUGUGAGACAUGACUGGAUAACUUAAAGCAAAGACAUGCAAGUUUCAAGUUUGAGUUGCUGGAAAACCAAAUACAAAAAAAUGACAGGCAGGACUUGUUUGGACUCAGCUUCUGUUUUUAACAAUUGGGCCUACAUGAUGUUUAGCUUUCUCCCAAUUUCUGAUGAAUCUGACAAAACUCACAGCUCAGUUUUAUCUUUAUUUCAUAUUUCAGACAUUUACUUCUCCAACUUUGUUGUCAGGGAAUUCAUUAUGCAUGAAACUUCAGCUUCAGGUGUUUCAGCUUCUACCUGCCAUGGAAAUUGAGGUUGUCUUCUUUUAGCCAAUGACCUCCAGUUGUAUGAUAUUACACUGCUAACAGCUAUGUGAUGUGGGCAUGUAAAGGGAUAUUUUUUCAAGCAAUAUACUGUAAUGUAUAUCAGAUAUUUGGAUGGUUUUCAAAUAAAUGUACUUUCCUAGA